GUUAAGGCGAAUCAGUGUUUAUUGUUUACAGAUUUUAAACUUCCUGUUUCGUUAGUACGUCAUAUUUACACGAUCUUUCGAGAUUACAGCAUAGCUAUAUUAUAACAUAAAAUGGAGAAGAAGUAUCUCGUUAAAAGUCUUAGGAUUAAAAACUCGACGAGCAGUUCGAUCAUUUUUUAUCGUUCGAUCAUUUUUUAUUGUUCGAGUUUUUGUUCAGUGUAUUUAACAUUUUGAAGAUUAUUCUUUUGUAAUAUUCGAAUAAAUUAAUACUCUUAAUACUCUUUACUAUAUCGUAAUUUUAUAUAAUUUUAUAUUGCAAUUAAUAUUAAUCACAAAUUUGUAAGAGAGAGCAUUCAUGUUUUAUAUCGAUUUGUAAUUUGAACUCAUUGGCUUUGUAAUCACGAAACCAUGAAAUUCAUUAGCAUUUUUUUCGUAACAUUCUCUAUCUCUGGAUUCGCCAUUGGAUCUGUGGAGGAACCUUAUCCAGAUUUAUAUGAUCAUGUAGACGUGGAUGCGAUUUUUAGUAGUGAACGAUUAUUUAAUCAAUACUUGCAAUGUUUGCUUGAUGAGGGUCCUUGUACUGCCGAUGGACGCAGUUUUAGACAAAUGCUUCCCGAAAUUUUGGAUACACAAUGCGCAAGGUGUAACGAGUUCCAUAAGAAAUUAGCGAGAAAGAUUUUCGAGAUAAAAGAAAAGAAACCUGAUGUGUGGGUUAAGAUUCAACAAAAAUAUGAUCCUGAUAAUGUAUACUUUUCUAAGUUGCAAGAAUUUAUUAAGGAAUAUUAAAUAUUUUAUUAUCUUUAUCAUUGUUCAAAAUUCGUAUACAUGAAAUAUAAGAAUAUAAAAUGU